ACUCUAUCCGUGUGUGAUUCCGCAGUUUCACGACAACCCAUCUAUAAAUACGGCCCCUCAAUCGGUGGCCAACACUUGCGAGCUUUUGGCAUACCCUAAGGACCUAAACUAUCGGCGGAAAAGGGGAGAGGGAAAUCUUUCUUGUCGGCAGUUGGGUUCUUCUCUGAAGGUUUAGGAAAUGGAUACCUUCUUGUUUACCUCUGAAUCUGUGAACGAAGGGCACCCUGACAAGCUCUGCGACCAGAUUUCCGAUGCCGUCCUCGACGCCUGCCUCGAGCAAGAUCCAGACAGCAAAGUCGCCUGCGAGACUUGCACCAAGACCAACAUGGUUAUGGUGUUCGGAGAGAUCACGACCAAGGCGAAUGUGGACUAUGAGAAGAUCGUCCGGGACACCUGCCGUAACAUCGGAUUUACAUCUGACGAUGUUGGUCUCGACGCCGACAAGUGCAAGGUUCUCGUUAACAUCGAGCAGCAGAGUCCGGACAUCGCGCAGGGCGUGCACGGGCAUCUCACAAAGCGUCCGGAGGAGAUCGGUGCCGGCGAUCAAGGGCACAUGUUUGGUUAUGCGACCGACGAGACUCCUGAGUACAUGCCGCUCAGCCAUGUGCUCGCUACCAAAUUGGGUGCUCGUUUGACCGAGGUUCGCAAGAACGGGACGUGCCCGUGGUUGAGGCCCGACGGAAAGACCCAAGUCACCGUCGAGUACUGCAACGACAAUGGCGCGAUGGUUCCAAUCAGAGUCCACACUGUUCUCAUCUCGACCCAGCAUGACGAGACGGUUACAAACGAUGAGAUCGCCAAGGAUCUUAAGGAGCACGUCAUCAAGCCUGUCAUCCCGGAGAAGUACCUAGACGAGAAAACCAUCUUCCACCUCAAUCCUUCUGGCCGAUUCGUUAUUGGUGGUCCGCACGGCGACGCGGGUCUCACCGGCCGCAAGAUCAUCAUCGACACCUAUGGCGGUUGGGGCGCGCACGGUGGCGGAGCUUUCUCUGGGAAGGACCCGACUAAGGUCGACAGGAGCGGUGCCUACAUUGUCCGACAGGCUGCCAAGAGCAUCGUCGCCAAUGGCCUCGCUCGCAGGUGCAUAGUCCAAGUGUCGUACGCAAUCGGUGUUCCUGAACCGCUUUCGGUCUUUGUUGACACCUACGGAACUGGGAAGAUCUCUGACAAGGAGAUCUUGCAGCUGGUGAAGGAGAACUUCGAUUUCAGGCCGGGAAUGAUCUCGAUCAACUUGGACUUGAAGAGGGGCAACAAUGGGAGGUUCUUGAAGACGGCUGCGUACGGGCACUUUGGAAGAGACGACGCCGAUUUCACUUGGGAAGUUGUGAAGCCGCUGAAAUGGGAGAAGCCACAGAGCUAAGCAUCAUCUUCGGUAUGGAUUGGUUCGUUGGUAAUGGUACCUAUGCUUUUCUUGGUUUUGUUUUUUAUGUUUAAUUUGGGGUUUGUUGGUUUUCUUUAUUUGUCUUAAAAACUUUUGUGUCGACUUGUUGGUAAGAAGACAGUCUUUGGAGGAUAGGUGAAAAAACAUGGAUGGAAAUUCCGUGAUGGUGUCUGUCUAUUGUCUCUGUCUUGUUUUGUUUUGACUUGUGUUAUCAAUAUGACAAACUACUGCUUUCUUUUACUA